AUGUCGCGGAAGCACUUCUUCUCCAGCCCUGAGGGCGUCGUCGUCCACGCCCUUACCUCCAUCGUCUCCCGCAACAAGCACAUGGCCCUCGAUGCAAAGGAACGCGUCGUAUACAACACCGCACACAAGCCCAGCCAGGUCACCAUCAUAUCUGGCGGCGGCUCGGGACAUGAGCCCGCGUGGUCGGGAUAUGUGGGUGAUGGCAUGCUGUCGGCUGCUAUUUGUGGUGAUAUCUUUGCGAGCCCGAGUACUAAGCAGAUUAUGAGCGGUAUACGGAAUGUGCCCAGUGACGAGGGGAUUAUUCUCUGUAUUACGAACUACACGGGGGAUAUGCUGCAUUUUGGGCUGGCGAGGGAGAAGGGCCAGGCGCUGGGGUAUAAGGUUGAUGUCGUGUGCAUGGCGGAGGAUGCGGCGUUGGGGCGGGCGAAGAGCGGGAAGGUUGGGAGGAGAGGACUGGCUGGGAAUCUGCUUGUGAUUAAACUCAUCGGCGCGGCGUCACAGAAGGGCUGGGCGUUCGAGAAGUGCAGACAGAUGGGACAGCUGGGGAAUGACCAGUUGGUCACUAUCGGCACGAGUCUGGAUCACUGCCACGUACCUGGUCGCGAAGCCUUCGAGCAAGUACCGGACGACACGUGUGUGAUUGGCAUGGGCAUCCACAACGAGCCCGGCCUCAAAAACGUCUCCCCCAUGCCCUCCGCCACCGACAUCAUCAAAGAAAUGCUCAAAUACCUCCUCGACCCGAACGACUCUGACCGCGCCUUCGUCACUUUCAACCCCAAAGACAACGUCGUCAUGCUCAUCAACAACUUCGGCGGGCUCUCCGGCCUCGAGCUCGAAGCCCUGACCAACCUCGCCCUGCAGGUCCUCAAGAGCGACUGGAACAUCGUCCCGCAGCGCAUCUACGCCGGCAUAAUGGAGACGAGCCUGAACGGCCAGGGCUUCAGCAUCACCCUAGGCAACAUGAGCGGCAUGGCAAACGCAAUGUCCGUCUCAGACGCCGAGAUUUUCUCCCUGCUAGAUGCCCCCACCAACGCGCCCGCCUGGCCGAAAAACAAUUACAAUCCCGUAGACGUAAGCCCAGCAAUGCAAACCCGCCGCCAACAAGCGCACGACGCCCACAACCAACCCAGCGCGUCCGACACGGGCCCCGCGACGCCCCCUUCCCUCAUCACAGCGCUCACAUCGGCGUGUAAUGCAGGCCUAGCCGCCGAGCCCACAAUAACGCAGUACGACCUCCAAAUGGGCGACGGCGACUGCGGCGAAGCCGUAUCAGGCGUCUGCAAAGCCAUCCUAUCCAACCUCUCUUCCACCCCUCCGCCCCUCCUCACGCUCCUCUCGCACAUAGGCGAAAACGUAGAAGACGUAGGCGGCUCCCUAGGCGCAAUCCUAAGCAUCCUCCUCACCGCCUUCAUCAACGCUCUGUCCGACGCAACGCUCAAGCAUAACGCUGAACUGAGCGUCGAAACGUGCAGUCAGGCUGCUGCACUGGCGCUGGAGAAUCUUAAGAAGUAUACGUCUGCGAGGGAGGGCGAUAGGACGGUUAUGGAUGUGUUGAUUCCGUUUGUGGGGGCGCUGGCUGGGACGAGGGAUCUUGGGAGGGCGGUGGAAGUGGCGCAGGAGAGUGCGAGGAGGACGGCGGGGAUGAAGGCGAGGUUUGGGAGGGCGACGUAUAUUAGUGAGGAUGGGGGAGAGGUCGAGGAUUCCGGAUCCGGGGCGUAUGCGGCGGGGGUGUGGUUGGCGGGGCUGGUGGAGGGGUUUAAGCAGUGA